CGUUCACGGCUCACGUUUGCGAUAGAUGAUGAAAUGAAAAAGCAAAUGGCUACUACAAUCCGACGUACUAAAAUUUCUAAUAAAAAGAAUCCGAUGUAAUUCGAUGAUAAAUGCGCUCUUUAUGAUCAUGAUUAGCAAAAUAAGGCUCUAAAGCUACUAAAGAACUAAGAUAUAAUAAUAUUCCAGGCUAAAAACUUGUCGAAACUAGGAAAAAUACAAAGAUAUUAAAUCCUAUCAAGUACUAUUUAGGAAUUUCGCUAAUAUAUUGUUUUGUGUGCGAAGCUGAUUCACGUCCGUUUAUGUUUAGUUGAUGUAAUGUGAAGUUAUUGCCCGGGCGGAGCGCCGCCCCACGGCCAUGGAGCGGUACGAGAAGAGGCACAGCAAACACCACAAGGAGAAGCACAAAAAGCGAUUGCACAAAAAGCACAGGAGCUCUAGCGGUACCCAUGACCAAUCUUAUGCAACAGCUAACUCUCACAAGCCGCUGGUGGAGUACUCGGAUGUCAGCUCGGAGGCUCUGUCGGCCCCGGAGGCCGGCGAGAUCGAGAGCGAGGCGAGCUCCAUCAGCCGGCACAUCGCCGACGACCUCGACCGGACGAGGAAGUCCCACUCGAUACGCACAUUCCUCGACGACAAAACGAUAUCGGUCACGACGACGAGCCGACGCAUUGUAGACGAGUAUGCUCUUACCCGUGAUUCUUCUUCGGCAGCAUCUAAGAAGAGGCGCAGCUUAGACUUUGUGGAAACGGAGUUGGAGCUUGAAGAUCACCGGUUUAAGAAGAGGAAAGAUAAGCGGAAGAAGGACAAAAGAAAGAAAAAGAAGAAGAGCAAGCACCCGUCGAGAUCCGCUAGCUUAGAAAGUGUAUCUCCAGAUGAUAACUUGCCUACGGCUACACCUGGGAGGCCUCCAAGUCCUCAGAGAUAUGCUCAAGUGCCUGUGAGUGAAUGGGAAAAGGCCUCAUCUCCAUUGCAAAAUGGUUCUUGCUCACCGGUAUCUCCGUCGACGCCACCGCCACUGGUCAGAGAAGUUCGUCGAGAUCCGUCGCCGAGACUACGCCCUCCGAUCAUUGCAGAGCCCUUGCGGUCAUUGCCUUACUCUCCCAGAGAGAGAUCUCCAUUAAUGAGCCAUAUUGAUACAAGGAGAAGACAGAAAUCAACCACACCUCACACCCCGGUCGCGCCCCCGUACCACGAGACCGUGACGAUAGAUUCGGGAGACGAACAGGAGUAUGAACACAGACGGGAUUAUUGGCCUGAACACAGGCCCCAGUCGCCCAUCAUGAUCAUUUCGGAUUCGCCUGAACGAGCAAUAUCACGAGGCCGCGGCGACUACAGCCCGCGGCGAUAUCGGCGCCGCUCGCGCGGCUCGCCGCGGCGCCGGCACCGCAGCCGGGAGAGAGAACGCCACCGGGACAUCAGAGGCUCCGGCAGACGGUCCCCAUCACGCACAUCGCUGAAACGCCGACGCUCGUUAUCGCGCGGCCGCCGGCGCGGUUCGUCGCCUUCUCCACCGAGACACCGAGUCCGGCAUCGCGAGCCUUCGCGGGAACGACACAGGCCCAAGCAUGACUCUCCGAGUCCACCGUCAGUCCUGCAGCGCAGGAUAGACUUCAAAGAGAAGAUCAGUGAUACAAGCUUGUUCGCCGAACUCGUUAAGGAUAAACAUAAGAGGGCUAAGAAACUACAAGAGAUUCUAGAUCAAAAGGAGGAGGAAUCCCAGGGCGCGAUAUCCACAACCACCUCCAUCAACAACCCCGAGGUCCUCACCAUCGACGAGCUCUCCAACGCCACCUCGGACAGCGCGUCGCAACUCAAGGAGAAUGGCGACGCCCCGACUCCAGUGCCCGCACCGACGAGCGAGCAGGAAGUGGGAGACAUACCCUUCCCGGGAGCGGAGCCCCCGCCGCCCGCGCCGCCGCCCAUGCUGCCGCCGCCGGAGUUCGGGGCCCUCGCUGCCGGCGAGGACACCCAGGACACUGCCAAGAGCAACGGAGAAGAGUAUGUCAAGAAGAACAACAAAGCCCCGACUCCAGUUUCUGCCCCGGCGAGUGAGAAGGAAGUGGGAGAGAUACCGUUCCCGGGAGCGGUGCCACCGCCGAUGCAGCCCCCGCCUGAGUUCGGGGCCCUUGCUGCUGAUGAGGACACCGAGGAGACUGUCAAGAGCAACGGAGAAGAGGUGAAAGAACUUACCCCGCCAGCCCCGACCCCAGUAGCAGCCCCAACGCCUGCCCUACCUCCCCUCCCCAAAGUGGGGGGUAGCGUGGUAGAUGGUGUCUACUUCAACAGCCAGCAGCCGCCGCCACCCAAGCCCAAGAGCCUCGUCAAGCUACCCAUGCCACCAAACACUCAGGUCGACGACCUAAAGACGCUCGCGAACGAGAGCCCCCUCAGCACGCCGUCGCCCAGCCCCGUCAAGAAGCCCGACAAACCUAAGAAGACUGGAAUCAUGAACUUGCCAAUGCCACCUGUGAUCCCGGGGUCGGAGGAGCUGAGCGGCGACGAGCUGGACGGCAGCACGCCGCCGCCGGCCGCCAGCGACCAGUACUCGCACGUGUUCAACUCCAGGAGGGGCAAGGAGAACUCGCUGUCGAAACUAAAAAGGCCUCGGAUCUUGAAACGGCGGGGGUCCAAGGUAGUGCCCGUGGCCACACCCACGCACCACGCCAAGGACUGGGGCGAGAAGUGCGUCGACGGCUUCCAGGUGAUAACCCAAAUCGGCGAAGGCACCUACGGGCAAGUGUACAAAGCGCGCGACAAAAACACCAACCAGCUCGUCGCGCUCAAGAAGGUCCGCCUCGAGAACGAGAAGGAGGGUUUCCCAAUCACCGCUGUUCGAGAAAUCAAGAUUCUUCGCCAGCUGAACCACAAGAACAUCGUCAAUCUGAGAGAGAUUGUCACUGAUAAGCAGGACGCCUUGGACUUUAGGAAGGACAAAGGCUCAUUCUACCUAGUAUUCGAAUACAUGGACCACGAUUUGAUGGGUCUACUGGAAUCCAAAAUGGUGGACUUCACUGAGACGCACAACGCGAGUAUCAUGCGGCAACUGCUCGACGGUCUUGCGUAUUGCCACAGGAAGAAUUUCCUACAUAGGGAUAUUAAGUGCAGCAAUAUACUUAUGAACAAUAGAGGCGAAGUGAAGCUCGGCGACUUCGGUCUAGCGCGAUUAUGGUCGGCCGAGGACCGCGCGCGACCCUACACCAACAAAGUGAUCACGCUGUGGUACAGACCCCCGGAGCUGCUGCUGGGCGAGGAACGCUACGGACCCGCCGUCGACGUGUGGUCCAUGGGCUGCAUCCUGGGGGAGCUGUUCCUCAAGCACCCCGUGUUCCAGGCGAACGUGGAAAUGAUGCAGCUGGAGAUGAUCUCGCGCGUGUGCGGCACGCCCGUCCCCGGCGUGUGGCCCAACGUCGUCAACCUGCCGCUGUGGCACACGCUGCGCCCCAAGCGCUUCCACAAGCGCUGCGUGCGCGACCACUUCGCCUUCAUGCCCGCGCACGCGCUGUCUCUGCUAGACCGGAUGUUGGAGUUGGACCCGGACAAGCGAGUUACGGCGGAGGACGCCCUCAAGAGUCCGUGGCUGAAGAAUGUGGUUCCAGACCAGAUGCCGGGCCCCUCCCUGCCGACGUGGCAGGACUGCCACGAGCUGUGGUCCAAGCAGCGGCGCCGGCAGCAGCGCGAGCACGAGCAGAAGCCCAAGCCCUACGGCGAGGAGGCCAAGGAGGCCUUCAAGCAGGACUCCUCCAACCACUCGGACGCCUCCUACAAGAGCGAGCCCUACAAGGAGCUCCCCCCGCCGCCGCCGCAGCCCCAGCCCGACGCCGCGCCGCCCGUCAAAUAGUACACGGAGUACUACUACGGACGUUAUGGAUAGGCUCAUGGUGCUGCGUCAGAGAUCUUGACCGAGCAUGAUAUACAUUUGUUUUGUGCUGUUUACGUUUAGCCCAUACCACAGGAUAAAUAAUAGUACUUGGUACAUAAGGUUUACUCUCUAACAAAACGCGUCUAUUACGACAGAUAUGACCGCCAGGUGGCGUAGGCGCGAGCAGGCGUCCGUUCCGCAGCGGUGCGCGGCACUCCUGCUAGACACCAAAAUUGGUGUGGGCCGCGUGUACUUGUAUCGUAGCGACGAAAUCGCGGAGUGAGCCACGCCUGGUCCAUACGCAAUUGCGGUUAUGACGGCGCGUCACAGUUUUGAGUUUGCGAUCGUGCGCAGUCUUAGAGUCCUUAGAACGUAGCCGCCGUCGUAUGAUCGAAGUUGCGCUCUCGUUUUAAAACAACAUGCUGAAGUAAUAUGAAAUUUGGCAUGAACAUUCAAGUGACAUAUAAGGCGCGUGCAUGAACUGUAAGUUAGUUAUUUAGGCCCCAAGAUGACAGAACCUACGACGCGCAAGGUAGCGUGCGUGAAUUGUAGGGGGCGGCACCUGCUUUAACGUGAAGUGUCAAUGUCAAGUUCAUGUUUCCGAUUUAGGCCACAAGAUGGCAGAUCCUCAAAUUUAAUACAAAAAUUGAAUAACACAGAAAACUUAGUCACUCCCCGCCAACUCACAGUAUGCAUUUUUAAUAGAAAUCGCGUUAGGACCCUUACGGGCUUGAAAUAAUGAAGGAUGUUGUGUCAUGCCCGGUUGAGGAUUUAAUUUAUCGUGAUGGUGUCUAGUGGUUCUGAAUUGUGGAUUUUGAAGGUUCGGUCUGUAGUGGUUGAUGCAUUUGUGUUCAUACGGUAGAACCGUUUGUGCCUGUCGGCAUCUACAGGAUCUAGUUCAAUCGGUCCCAAUGUAUAUUCAAAAUUAUAAUCGAGAACCAAAAUUCUGUAAUAAAAUUUAACCAAAGUGUAAGUUCUGGGGUACAGAGCUAUGUAUAAAAGUCGCAAAAUGUGCAAUGUAAAUACUGUCUCGGGAGUAUAUGAUUUUUAAAGUAGGAACAUUUUUGUUCUUGUUUUAACCCUUAACUUAUAGUGCUCGAAAUUUACAUGUAUAAAUCGAUGAAUAUAUCAGUUAAAAGACGUAUUAAUAUAAUUCUGUGAUUAUUUUAACGACCGAUAUCGGAAUUGACCUAUUUACGCCACGAGUCUGGGUAUCGUGUAAUCCUUCGUUAGUUUUAAUUUAGUAUAAUUAAUAAAGGUCCUUAUUAUAAUAAAUUAGUUUUAUUUUUGUUACAAAGGACCCUGGACCCAAAUGUAGUACGCAUUUAUAAUAUAUAUAAGUAUGUAAGUAAUAUGUAUAUUACGGCGUGUCUACACGCAAAUUUCUAGGUAUACAGAUUAUGUAAAACAAUAAUAUUACUGUUAAUGGGAAAUCGCCUUCUCAGAUUAGUGUACAUUUAUCGAAUUGGGCGAGUCACUUUAUGUAUUAUUUUUAUAAGAACAUGUAAAUAGUUGUGCUUGAGUAGGUAUCGUAUUUAGUUGCUAUUACGAUGUUUCUGUUCCAUUUGUAUAAGAAUCUUCCAUGAAUUUCGCGAUUUCGAUGAAUUAUCGUUGUGAAGGGUAAAUAAGAUAAAAGUAUAACUAUCCCUUGAAAAAAUAUCGCAUCUACAACAAUUUUGUCGAAUUAAUAGUCUUUGUUAUUGUUUUGAUACAAAUUGUGCUUGUAUUUUGGCAAUUUGGCACUUUCAUUGUGUGCUUGACUUUGAGUAUGUUGUAUAUUUUCGUAUGAAGUCAAUUUUGCUGUAGGACUCGUUAUUGAAGAUGUGGUAGGCUGAUUCUAGAGUUGCGUUCAGAAUUCAGAUGCAUUAGUUUAACAGUAAAUGUGACGUUUUCAAUCAAAAGGUAGCUUACCACAACCACAUCGUUGCUUACCAUAAGGAAGAAAAUUGCUUGUAUCUUUAUACGAAAAACCUGCCUGCAGAUGGCAAGCGAGAAUGUGGUACCUUUUGCUUGAAAACGACACAAAUAAAUUCACAACGGUUACUUUUGGCAUCAUGCUUCACGGUACUUUUAUAACCUAAAAAGUAAUGUACAGUUUAUUAUAGCUGGUUAAACAACUUUGUCAGUAGCAAAAGGCGCGACAUUUAAAUUUUCUAUGGGACGAUCUCUUCGCGCCUACAUUUUUUAAAUUUCCCGCUCUUUUCUGACGGAAAUGGCUGACAGACUAAUAUGCAUUUUUUUAAAUGAUCAAAUUAGUAUAUUAUUAAUUUACUAAUUUGAACAUAGAUAUUUUAGUCUUUCAAGCCAUUUCCGUCAGUAGAAAAAAAGCGGCAAAUUUAAAAAAUGUAGGCGCGAAGGAUUAUUAUCGUCUCAGAAAAUUUGAAUUUCGCGCUUUAUCUCUAUUGACAAAGUUGUUGGACAGACAAUUUAUGUGUCGUUUUCAAGUAAAAGGUACCACAUUGUCGCUCUGACAGGUUUUUCGGUUUAAUACAAGCAAUUUUCGUCAUUAUGGUAAGCGACAAUGUGGUACCUUUUGAUUGAUAACGUCACAUAUAGGCACUAAUAUGCCAGUACGAGCGAGAUGCAUAGAACGUAAGUUAUGUAGAUGCGAGCGAAUAUGUCUGUGUCAAAACUGGUGGUAGCCGUGCUCAAGUAUAUUGGGACCGUGCACGACGACAACUAUAGGCCCGUAUUUUGUCCCAACUAUUAAGCGAGAAGUUAGUAAAUCGUAAUAAUUUCAGUGAGAACUACUAAACGGAUUUUUAUGCGGUUUUCACCUAUGAAUAGAGUGAUUCUUGAGAAAGGUUAAGGGGUAUAAUUUGUAAAGGUUUUGUGUAAAUUGGUUGAAAUAUGACGAUAAUGAAGUCAGAAAAAAAAUCACACUGGCUAAGAGUUUUAAUCGAAAACGCUGCCAAAUCCUUUUGAGAUAUAACAACAUAAUGUAUGGUGGAAUUUUCUCUCUAUCAUUGGGCUACAAAAAAGUCCGCGAUGGAGUAUGUCUAUCUAACUAAAUAAAACAAGUAAUUCAUUAGACUUAAGUAGUAUGACAAUAAACAGUUAUAUCGCGCUCUAAAAUCAGCCUAGCACUUGAAAAUAAUACUUGUACUAUAUAGCUGUAAGAUAUGCCCUAUUUUAAAUAAUCCGGAGUUUGGGAGAAACACAUCAGUGUUGUUUUAUACCUGUUAUGAGUGUGUUUUAAUUAAGUAUUUAGGAAGCGUUAGUUAACUGGAAUACUAUACUCUGGCACACCGAUUCUGUCAGUAGAAAAAGGCGCGAAAUGCGAAUUUUCUAUGGGAGGACAACGCUUCGCGCCUACAUUUUUAAAUUUUGCCGUCUUUUGCUACUGACGGAGACGGCUUUAUUUAAUACUAGAUGACCCGGCGAACUUUGUUUCACCUAUAUCUAUCUUUUUUAUUCGUAGUCUUAAUUUUUAGGGUUCCGUACCCGAAGGGUAAAAACGGGACCCUAUUACUAAGACUCCGCUGUCCGUCUGUCUGUCACCAGGCUGUAUCUCAUGAACCGUGAUAGAUAGACGAAUUAGCGAAAUUUAUCGACCCGUUCACGCGUGAACGUGAUGCUGUGACCGAGGGAAAUAGGGAUUGAUAUAUAUAUAUAUAUAGAUAAAUAUACGUAAGGGUGGUUAGGGUGGGAUAUGUUUUGUAGCUUAUACACUUGAAAUCUGCACAUAAAUAUUUUUUUUAUAUACAGUUAGCAGCAAAAGCUACGCAGGCUCUAAUGGGGCAUUUUCUAUGAAAAGGGACCUUAUUGUCGAGGGCGCUUACGCCGCACAGCGCCGCGCGGCAUUGUAUUUAUAUCGUUAAUAAUGGCGUAAGCGCCAUCGACAAUAAGGUCCCUUUUUAUAGAAAAUACCACAAAUGAUCUACCUAAUUCUAAUUUUUGAGUACUUUGUUUGGCUAUUUUUGAUGCUUACUGUGUACCACUAGUUUACAUCUCUUGAAGAGAUCCGAGCCAGUUAUUAGUUUUAUUAUGUUGUUUUUUUAGUAUUCUUGAGAAAAUAGUAUACUCAUUUCUGGCAAUUAUGUGACGUUACCGAUGUUUUCAUAGUUUUUUUUGUAAUGUAUUUUGUAAGACUGAAAAUGAAAUUGUAAGGAUGUUUGUCACCGAAACUCUGGAUUGUUAUAACAUAAACUGUAUAAAUGUAACAUUUUUUUAAUAAAAUUGAAUGAAAUGUUUUA